AUGGCACUCAAGCGACAGCAUCCAGGUGACGAUGCACCAGGAUCCGAAUCCUCAGACGACGACUUCGGUCCAGCACUGCCUUCAUCAGUGCCACCAAAGAAGAAGCGCAAACUACCUUUUGAAGCUUUGUAUGUCGAAGCACUUCCUAAAGGCGUGCGAUAUUCCAAAUCUCUGAUGCACAAAGAGCAGAUCUCGAGUGUAACCGUUGCACCUUCGCCUGUCGACUUUGUAAUCACUGCCUCAGUGGACGGAGUUGUAAAGUUCUGGAAGAAGGUCUCUUCUGGGAUCGAUUUUGCGAAGGAAUAUGCUGCGCACGAAGGUCGAAUUCGAGGUUCUGCUGUAAGUGCGGAUGGAAGUCUGUAUGCGACGGUUGGCGACGAGGAUGACUUGACCGUCAAGAUUUUUGAUGUGGUUACGUUCGACUUACUGGCCAUUAUCAACCUGGAGACUGCAGGAACUGUGGUAUGUUGGGUAUAUCAGAGGGGCUCCCCGCCAUAUCUAGCAGUGAGUGUGGGCAAUGAGAUACACAUUUUCGAUGGACGUGGCAUCAAGACCGCGCCACUGCAUAAGCUUGCCAAUCUGCAUCGCACAGAAGUUGUCGCAAUGGCCUACAACCAAGCCUUUGAUUGCGUAGUCUCAGCGGACGCGUCAGGAAUGGUCGAGUAUUGGCAACCACGGGAAAACUUCGAGAAGCCGGACAAUGUCUUCAAGAUCAAAUCAAGCACAAAUCUAUUUGACUUCAAGAAGGCAAAGUCUGCACCGUGCUGUAUUUCCAUUUCUCCGUCAGGACACCAGUUCGCAACAUUCUCCUUCCCCGACCGGAAGGUUCGAGUCUUUGAUUUUACGUCUGGAAAGCUGCGGAGAUCGUACGACGAAUCUAUCGAAACGCUUACAGCCAUGCACGAAGCUGGGACGUCGUUGCAUAAAAUCGAUCAAAACGAAUUCAACAGAAGAUUGGCUACGGAACGAGAGCUGGAUAGUGCAGCCGUGCGAUCACGGAUAAACAUAUGUUUCGAUGAGUCAGGGCACUUUAUCUGUUAUGGUUCACUACAUGGCAUUAAAGUAGUCAAUACGACGACGAGCCGAGUAAUGCGAGUAUAUGGUAAGGACGAGUCUUUUCGAGCGCUCGACGUAGCAAUGUAUCAGGGAGCGCCACAACAGAAAGGUGUGGUGACAGUCUCGAUGGCGACCAGUAACAACCCCCUACUUGAAGCUGCCGAGGAGCGAGAUCCCAUGCUCUUUGCUACAGGAUAUGGUAAGGUCCGCUUCUACAUGUUUACCAACGAAGAGUCGCCGUCCAAAUCCAACCGGGACGUGCACAACGAGAAGCCCAAGCAACUGGGUAAAAAGCAGAAAGAAGAGCAGAAAGAGCAAAGGAUGGGAUCGGCGGCCAUGAUCCAUACCAAUAUGGGAGAUAUUCACAUACGGCUCUUUCCUCAGCAUACACCGAAAACGGUUGAAAACUUUACAACACACGCCCGAAAUGGAUACUACAACAACACUAUCUUUCACCGUGUGAUCCGCAAGUUCAUGAUCCAGGGUGGUGAUCCUUUAGGAGAUGGAACAGGAGGAACCUCGAUAUGGGGAGGAGAGUUCGAGGACGAGUUUCACCCUGAUCUGAAACACGAUAGACCGUACACAGUCAGCAUGGCUAACGCAGGACCAAAUUCGAACGGCAGCCAGUUCUUCAUCACGACUGCCGAGAAGGCGGAUUGGUUAGACAAGAAGCACACAGUCUUUGGAAGGGUAGAGAAGGGCAAGGAUGUCGUUCACCUGAUCGAGAACGUGCGGACAGUCAAGGAGAAGCCUGAAGACGAUAUAAAGAUCAUCAACAUUUCAGUGCAUUAG